AUGUCAUCAACUCUCAUCAACCGUUCCUUAACUAAUAUCAAGACUGAACUUGAAUUCCUAACUGAGUCCGGAGUUAUUUCGCAAAAACAAUAUAAGGAGAUUCUAGAAAAGCUACCCGAUCCAAAUGCAAGGAAUCCUCCUCCUUUGCCACGAGCUUCUUCAAGCGAAUAUGUGAUUGCACUGUAUGCUUUUCAAGCUCAACAGGAAGGUGAUUUGACCUUCAAUGCUGGAGACAAAAUCGAGGUUUUGGAAAAGCUUACACCCGAAUGGUACAAGGGGAGACACAAUGGUAAUGUUGGGAUGUUUCCAUCAAAUUAUGUCAAGCCAGCUUUUUCCAGUCCUGCUCCACCUGCAAAGGAGGAGUCGCUUCCUCCUCCAGAAUACAAACCUACCUCUAUAGUUCCUACUAAUCAUCCUGCCCCAACUUAUGGUCAAUCUCCACUUCCUCCUUCCGCAGCAGGAUACUAUCAACAUCCUCCACAAGGCCAGUAUCAACCACCUGCGCAAUAUCCGCCACCAGGUCAAUACCAGCAACCUCCAAUUCAAUAUGCACAACCUGCACCAGUACAGCCUGUUGUUCAACAAGGCCAGAGUGGUGGCGGUUCUUCAACGUUGAAAAAUAUUGGUACACAGCUAGGGACAGCAGCCAUUUUUGGUGCCGGUGCAACCAUUGGUUCAGAUAUUGUACACAGUAUCUUUUAA